AUGAGUGACUCACUGUUGGUAACUUCGGGAGGCAAAAGACGUGGAAGGAAGCCAGGAUUGAACAGCACAGUUGCUCAAAGAAGUGCGGCAAAUGCUCGUGAACGCUCUAGAAUGCGGGUACUGUCUGGUGCAUUUGUGGAGCUUAAAGGUGCCCUGCCUUGGGUACCAAAAGAUACAAAGUUGUCAAAACUGGAUACGCUCAAACUCGCAGCUGGUUAUAUAGCCUAUCUUCGUCGAAUCCUGGACACCGCAUCUGAUUCAGAUGACAGUCCCCAGGAGGAUGGGUUGACUUGCUCCAACUCGCCUGAAAAAUCGUUGAGCUUGUUCAGUCUGACAACACAUACAGGACAGUCUUUGAAAAGUUGUCUGGAAACAAGCCGACUACAGCACUUUCGAACAGCUCAUGAUCGAUCGGUCAGCGAAUCGGAGUUUUAUCCGGGAAGAGCCACUUGUGAACUAGGCUCAUCUUUAUGUCAGGAAAUACGUCCAUUCCUGGGUAUUCCUUCGGACUGCAUAUACUCUGAAGACAUCUUCAGCAACGAGAACAAGGCAAGUAGAAACAAGGAGGUUGUUCCGGAGUCUAAGUUUGGAUCGACACCUCCACAAGACCACUGUUUGUCUACAGUUCAUUCAAAGAACUCCUGGCAAAACUACCACUGUAGUAACAAGGGUGAGACGUGUGAUCUGACGCGGUGGCUGUCUAUUCACUCGGCUGAACAGGAUGGCCGCUUCGACUUCGACAACAAGACCUUCAAUAUUUCUGCAUCAGAAAGUCCCGAUUAUUUGGGUGACAGACCUGAACAUGCAGUUUCCCAUUUCCACCCACUCAUGCGAGAGCACAUUACUUCUUCCUAUGGCUCAGAAGCGGCUGUUCUCAACACAGAACUUUCCCGUCUCCUUUCACCAACAAUCAAGACACUUUGGAGUACAAACCGUCUGGAUGACAUGUGCCCUGACGUCUCCCAUCUUUCUCAAAUGAAGUACACGACAGAUUUUUUGAAUUCCUCUCAGUCAGUUUACCCGAUAGGUGAUAUCAAUGCGGACAGGUUGUUCACAGCUGUGGGAGCCAAGUAUCCGGAAGCUUACUUCACGAAAGUCUGA